CAGCUGCUGGCUCUCAUAUUUGAGAGAUAAUAAAUAAUUGAAAAUUUAAAAAAAGGUAGAAAUUUUUAAAAAAAAAGUUGGUACCUGCUUCCUAGGAGUAAAGAAAGCACCAUCUAUCAUGAAGAUUUGUAUAUUCUUAUGUCUACUCGGUUUAGCAUGGGGUCACCUCCUACACCCGAUGGAAAACCCCGAUCUGUUUCAAGGUGACAUUGCUGGUGUUGAAAAUAUUUUCGAUAGAAAUGGAGUUCCUUUAAAAAGAAUGCUAUGGCCACAAGGUAUCAUUCCUUACAGAAUCGACCCUGUAUUAUAUACGCUUUACGAAAAUAUUACGAUUUCGCAAGCAAUGAAGAAUAUUGAAUCUAAAACAUGCAUUACUUUUGUAAAACAAACAAAAGAAUCUGACUACAUUAACAUUUUCUCUGGAAAUGGGUGCUAUUCCCAUUGGGGUCGAACUGGAGGAGCGCAACCACUAUCCUUAGGGAACGGUUGUUACCAUUUGGGAACCAUCAUUCAUGAGUUGAACCACGCAAUUGGAUUUACUCAUGAACAGAACAGAUCAGACAGAGACGACUACCUCACUAUAGUUUGGGAUAACAUUAUGGAUGAAUUUGAAAAUCAGUUCAAAAAACUGCAACCUAGUCAAGAGAGAUUGAUUAACAGCUUCGAUUAUGACUCCCUCAUGUUGUACGGAGAGAAAGCAUUUUCAAAAGACUAUGAAUCCAAGACCAUGAUAGCAAAGCAAAGUGGUAUACAGCUGGUUGAGCCAUACGUCAAAAAAAGGCUCAGUAAGAGUGACAUCGACAGAAUAAAUGUCCUCUAUGAUUGUCCUAAUAAGUAAUUGAUCUCAUUCAUGAUUGUUUACGAAAAUAAGAAAUAAAAAUCGUGAAAAAAUAAGA